AUGGCGAACCGCAUGCAUGCCACGCCGAUGGACUUUCAGUACGAGAAUGGGACAGGGCCUUUAGAUGAACGAUCGCCCUUUGCUCAAGUAGGACGCAACUCUCUGCGCAACAACCCAAACACCAACGACAAGAAGCUAUUUGGAUCACCAAACAAGUCAACGUUUCCCAGCCUUCGCGAACCCGCUUCUCAGCCACACUUUUUCUCGUCGCCCAAACCUCUGCCUGCCCUACCGCCGUCUAUGAGAAACAACCCCUUGUUUGCUACGCCGAGAAAACUGGACGUUGACGACUUUGCAUCUUCUGGCGGCGAGACGCCCAAAUCGCCCGAGCGCAACGACGUCGAUAGUGACGCUACACCCGACAUGAGCCUGAGAUCGAAGUUCUCCAAUCUGGACACCAUGAGCAAACCAGUUUUUACUGCAGGAGGUUCUAUGAAGAAAGACAAGGACAAGGACUCGCUUUCGCGCCGUCAGAGCUGGUGGAAGGGCUUCAAGGACCUGGCUUCUUCACCACGUUCAAAAGACGACUACGCACACGGAGCAGAGCGCAAGAUUAUGAAGAAGAGGAGCAAGGAGCAGCAAGCCCUGAUAACGCGAAGAGACAGCGUUUCAGACUCUGAGACAGAACCAAAACCAAUCCAAGUCACCAAGCCACGCAAGGUGAGCAGCAAGCAGGAUAAGAGCCUGGAUCUACCCGCACCACCGCAAGAGCAACAACACCAACAACAAGCUCCCACCAAGCACUGGACCUUGACCUUGUUCGAGUUCAUCACCGCACACCCAACAUUACCCCACGUCCUCUCCUUUUACGCACAACUACUUCUCAACAUGUUCCUUAUUGGCAGCGUAAUGUAUAUUCUGUACAGUUUCUGGGCCACCAUCCGUGGCGAUGUCGACAAGAAGACAAGUAUUGCCGUGGCCGAAGUGCUUUCUCAAAUGGCCGCUUGCGCAAGGGAUUACAAACAAAACAGCUGUGGCCUGGAAACUCGCCCGCCAGUGCUGGAGAAUGCUUGCAACAACUGGGAGCAGUGUAUGAACCAGAACCCUCACAAUGUUGGUCGCGCCAGGAUCAGCGCACAUGCCUUUGCCGAGAUCUUCAACAGCUUCAUCGAACCCAUCUCCUACAAAGCAAUGACUGCCGAAAAUGCNCAGUGCUCAGCACCAUCACUAUUACAAUGGCGCGCCUCCCCUACUCCUCAACAUUCGUACAAUCCCGCACUGGAGUGGAACAACAACCCUUAUCAGCAAGGUCAGCAAUUGGGACUCGAGCCAGCGGCUAGCCAGUACGCGGCAGACAGGGAAACAUCGCCAGUGAGGCGAUUACAGUUCCGCUGA